GCCGGCGCGGUUUGCGCGGCGCGGUUCGGGACGGCGCCGAGGAGCAGCUGCGAUCGCGUUGCCGUUUGAGCUUUGCUGCGUAAAGCCUGGCGAUGAACCCCCGGCUCUGAUGGCCGAUGAGGCGCUGCGUUCUCCUCUGGAAGCUGCCGGCGCUGUCGGAGCUCCUGCAGGGAGCCGCGCACCGGGGGCUCCGCGUGGGUCCCUGCCGGCCCUUACAACGCUGUGAUCCUACGAAAAGCCUCCAUCUGAGCCCAGUUCGAUGAAACCUGGGGGUUUGUUUGGCGUUUGCAUUUCUGUAGGUGUGGAUUGGAGCACACAGCUGGCACACACAGCUGGUUCUGGGGCACCCGGUACUGCAGGGAUCCAUUCACACAAUCACCAAGGUUGGAAAAGACCUUCAAGAUCCUUCAGUCCAACCGUCCACCCAUCACCAAUAGUUCUCACUAAUCCAUGUCCCUUAACACAGCGUCCAAACGUUCCUUGAACACCUCCAGGGUGGGUGACUCCACCUCCUCCCUGGGCAGCCCAUUCCAGUGCCUGACCACUCUUUCAGAGAAGUAGUAUUUCCUAAAGAAAAGGAGUAUCUCCUAAUUCAGGCACUCUGCCCACUGUGCUGCUGUGGUUGGGCAGCAGCUGUGCCCCAUGGGGGGCUCUGAGCUGGGAAAGCUGAGUGCAUAAAACAGACAGGGACGCGCUGCUGUUUGCAUCUCUGCUCGUGAGGAGUCGUGGAGGGACUCGCAGAGGGAAACGCAGAGGGUGUUUGGUACUUGGAGAAGUUCUGCUCGCCGAUGUUUCCCUGCAGCUGCUGUGACCCGGCUGCGGGAUGGCUGGCGGUUGCUGGGGCUCUCCAUCUCAUGGUUGGCAGAAAUGGGAGUUUGCAGUGCUUGCCAUGGAACCACCGGAACAGGAGGUGUCUGCAACACACCUCACCGACAGCACCAGGACUUCUGCACACAUGGAGAGCAGUGGGAGCCACCAGGCCGUGGGAGCACCAUGGAGAGGAGGCAGCGCAGCGCGAGGAGCAGCCCGGCAUCACCACCUCCCGCUCGGGCUGCUGGCCUGCAGCCUCUGCUCGGUCCCAGCCCAGAGCUCUUCAUACCUCCAGGAAGUCUUUUCUCCUCACUGACUUCACGUGCGCUGUGUGUGAGUUAAGGUACAGGGCUGUGCUGAGUGCUGCAGCUUUCUUUUCUCAAUCCCCACUGAGCCAAAUCGAAACUUCUCCCUUCUGUGGGCAACGGAGCUGUGCUGCACUGCAGCAACGUGCUGUGAGCUGACACUGCUGGGACAGAACCGCCUCAACUCCGGCUGAGCCCAAACGUGGCAGCCCGGCGGUGCCCUGGCAGGGUGAGGGCAGCCCUGCUGUUGAAGUGCCCCAUGUCGCCAACCGGCAGAAGUCGGCGUGGUGCUCAGCGUGCUCCUCUCGAUAAGGAAGUGGGAAACCUCACAGAGACGACGGGAUGCUUUUUUGAACAAAAUGUCGACAUGAAGCGGCCGCAGCGCCGGGAGAGGAGAGCUGUGUGCAGAGCAGGGGUGGGAAGGGGCAGCAGGGCGCUGCUGGGAGGGCAGGAGGAGGAAGGAGCUGGAAGCUCUGCGCUGCCGCGCAGCGCUCGCGCUCUCAGCGGAAGCCGUCGGCUCCGUGCCGGUGCUGCCGCAGCACAACUGAUACCACGUCGGCUUUCGUUCUGUACAACUGCACUUUCUAUUUUACAGCAGUGAGAACUGGCCUCGGUUAACAGGCCGAGAGCUGCAGCCUUCCUGAAGAGCCCUUCCUGCUGCCAUUGAGGCCCCGCGUGGACCGGCGCUGCAGCGCUCCGUUCACUUGCUGCCUCGUUACCUGACUUCUCCUUUUCCUCUGGCAAAUAAUGAGCAGCACACGGCUGCAGAAGGAAGGAAGGAAGCCGGGGGUACUGAAAUCAAGAGUUGAGUCUCAGUGGUGUGGAUGAGUGAGAGGAGGUUCUGAAAGCAGCAAAGCCAGGACCUGCAGCACCGGGUGCUGCUGAGUGCAGGAGGGCACACGGGGGGCACAGCUCCCAGCACUCACAUGGGAGCAUCUGGGGCUGGGAGCUGCUGAGCCGUCCUGAGCCGCUCAUCUCGGGAGAAGUUCUGCUGCAGUCAUUGUUUAGAAGCUCUGCAUUGGUUUCUUUUCAUCACAGCCCCCACCGGCGCUCUGAGCCGCGCGUCCAUCGCAUCGGGUGGGUUUUUGGUUCUUGUAAAGCCUUCGUGGUUGGAUGGCAGCAGUCGGGCUGUGCCGGCAGCUCCAGUGCCCACGCUGCCCCAUAGACCCACGUGAGCCGUGCUUUGUUGGCUGCCCAGCGAGGCAGCACCGCGCUGACUGGACUCCCGUGCUGCUCCUUCCCGUGUCACACAGUCGCAGUUCACAUCUCCCCUCCCCGUUACCUUUUAGCUGGGGGCACUUUGCAGAAUUGCACGCUCUCAGAGGUGGGCAGGGUUUGCACCGCGGCCCCUGAAGGUGAGGAGAGGGCAAGGAGGGACAGAGUUAAUGCAAACCGGGCGACAGGCAGUGUAAAAAUAGCUCCGAGCUUGUUGGUGUGCUCACUGCAGGCUCACUGUUAGUCAUCUGCCUGCCGGCCUCUGCCGCUCCGAGGAUUGUUUUACAGCACUGAGAUCUGCCAUAAUUUCUGUAGAGAGGGGCAGGGAUGGCUGCGAUGAGGGGGGUGCUGUCCCACAUGGGAGCUGGUGGGUGUGGGUUUGUCUUUGCUUCCACGCUCAGCGCUGCGUGGGACCUGGGUUGGGGUUAGAUCAGUGUUAAAGGACGUGGCAGGCUCCUCUUGUGAGCGUGGAGCUGCUUUGCCUGGGAAGCGUUGUGAUGAGUGUCGUGCUUUUAUUUUCCCAUUCCUCAGCAGGGACUGUGAAGCUGUGAAAUGGCAGUGAUGGGGAUUGCGUGCCAUGGAGCUCCCGCUCCGCCCGCCAAGCAGCAGCAGGAGCUCAGUGCCACCAAAGGGCUGCACGAGGCCGCGAGCGAGAAGCAAAGCAGCGUUUGCAAAGUCGAGGAUUCAAAGAAAGCCAUCUUCCAUAGUCAGUGGAAGAUCCUCAACGACGUCAUCACCAAAGGAACAGCAAAAGAAGAGACAGAAGGAGGCUGCGCGUCCAUCUCCAUUAUUGCCCAAGCAGAGUGUGAGAACAGUCAGGAGUUCAGCCCCACUUUGUCGGAGAGAUCCUUCAUUGCCCACAGCAAGCGUUACAGCCGCUCAGACAGCCUCGACCAGAUCCCAAACAAUGUGGCUCACGCGACGGAGGGGAGGAUGGCUCCCACCUGCUGGAGGGGCAGGCAUCGUGGGAAGGCAAAGAAGAAGCGUCACAAGAAACGAUCCAAGCUGAAAAUACAAACAGUGGCUGCUGGCAGACGGGGCCCCAGAACUCCAGAACAGGAGAGCUGCACUCCGAUUCCCGUCCAGGAGGAUGAAACGCACCACAAUGCUCUCUACAGAAACAGCUUUUGGCUAUCAGAACUGAACAAGAGCUUGCUUUACGAUCCACCCCCGUUUGAGAAACCUGAGAAAGUUCUGUCCACGGGCAAACUCCAUUCAGUGGGCAGCCAGCACAAAACGGACUUGCACAAACUGAUAAGCCCUGUCCAGUGCCUUAAUCAUGUCUGGAAACUGCACUACCAGAGGGACAACAUCCCUCAUCCUGAAACUCUCCGUCCUUUUCCAUACAACAUCAUGCCCCCUCCCUUCCCACACCUGGACAAUCCUAUCCAUCCCAUGAAGCUCAGUGCUCUGGAGACGUAUUUCCAUCGUGAUCUCAAUUACCCAGACAGUGAGCAUCGCUUGUCUGGCCUAAAGUUGGGCUAUAGCUUCCCCAAGUGCGUCAGCCAGUCCGUGAAAAGCAGCUUGGACAAGGUUUCUGUGGAAGAAUACUUGGUGGACGCCUUGAAGGGCAGCGUGAGCCUCGGGGAGCCGCAGAACUUGGCCAGCCUCGCCAAGACGUGGAGGGGAGGCGGUCUGGACCCGAAGGAACAGUUUCAAAAGGCAGAUGAGAAUGAAGGCGUGCUGCUCACUGAGAAACUAAAGCCAGUGGAUUACGAGUACCGAGAAGAGGUUCACUGGACCAAGUGCCACGGCUCGCUGGGCAUCGGCUCGUUUGGAGAAGUGUACAAAGUAGAGGACAAGCAGACAGGAUUUCAGUGUGCUGCCAAAAAGGUGCAAGUCGAACACUUCCGUGCAGAGGAGUUAACGACGUGCGCGGCGAUAACGAGCCCGAAAGUUGUGCCGUUGUACGGCGCCGUCAAGGAGGGACCUUGGGUGACCAUCUUCAUGAAGCUGAUGGAGGGUGGAUCACUGGGUCAGCUAAUUAAGCAGAGCGGCUGCCUGCCGGAGGACAGAGCCCUCAGUUACCUGGGGCAGGCACUGGAAGGUCUGGAGUACCUCCACGCUCAGAACAUCCUCCAUGGAGAUGUGAAAGCGGAAAACGUGCUUUUGUCUGAUGAUGGGAGCAGGGCUCUGCUGUGUGAUUUUGGUCACUCUGCUCACCUCCAUCCCGACGGCCUGGGGAAGUGCUUGGUCACAGGGAACUACGUGCCUGGCACAGAGACGCACAUGGCUCCAGAGGUGGUCCUGGGGAAGCGCUGCGACUCCAAGGUGGACGUGUGGAGCAGCUGCUGCAUGAUGCUGCACAUGCUGAACGGGUGCCACCCCUGGACGCAGUAUUACAACCACCCCCUUUGUCUGAAGAUCGCGAAGGAGCCGCCGCCUCUCAGGGAAAUUCCACCUUCCUGCAACCCCCUCACUGCUGAGAUCAUUAAAAUGGGGCUGGAGAAAGAGCCUGUGCACAGGGCGUCUGCAUCUGAGCUGAGGACCAAGGCCAGCACUGCGCUGCAAGAAGUGGGAGGUGUGACAAGCCCCUGGAAAGGCGAAUACAGAGAGCCCAGGCGUUUGGCACUGCACAAGGAGAACAACCCCCAGACAUCCCUGCCCCCAGCAGUGAGCCCCACUUCGGCCACUCCUGACCCAGAACCUGCAGCCCGAGGCUGCUGUGCCAGCCCUGUGCCACCACCAGCCCUGGAGCGAGUGAGGCAGGGCGAGGGAACCCGCUGGAAUGAGAGCAGGGAUCUGUCCAGGACCUGGGAUCCUCCUCCUCUCUCCUCCACUCCCCUCCCCUUAAAGAGCUGUAGCCAUACGGAGAGAGCAACCACCAUUUCUGAACAGGAGCUCCAGCAGCUGGAAAUAGAGCUGUUUCUGAACAGCCUUUCUCAGCCGUACUCACUGGAAGAGCAGGAACAAAUGCUUUCGUGUCUCAGCAUUGACAGCCCAUUUGUGUCAGACGCCAGUGAGAAGAACUCCAUGAAGGCUUCCCUCAGCCUGCGGGACACCAUGAGCUCCGGCAUCCAUUCCUGGAGCAGCCAGACAGACGGACAGAGCUUCAGCUGGAACAACGUGCUGAGCCGCGGCCGCCACACGGACACCCCCAGCUGCUUCAAUGGAGUGAAAAUCCAGAUCCAGUUGCUAAGUGGAGAAAAUUUACACAUCAGGGAUUUCCACAGGACAAAGGUGGGAGACAUUGCCACUGGGAUAAGCAGCCAGAUCCCCGUCCCCGCCUUCAGCCUGGUGACGAAGGAAGGCCACCCCAUUCACUACGACAUGGAAGUCCCCGACUCGGGGAUUGAGCUGCAGUGCACCCUGGCCCCGGACUGCAGCGUCAGCUGGGCGUGGAGAGUCAAACACGGUCAGCUGGAGGACAGGCCGUGAGGCCGCUCCUGUGCGGGAGGUUUUCACCUUGCUGAAAUGCGGAAUUGCAAAAGCUUCCGAGCACCCCUGCCAUGGAGCACCGCGCGCUGGAGGCUGGUGCUGAAGUAGGAUAGCAGCUCAGCACGGUGCUCUCACCUCGCUGCUGUUCCAGCCCUGUUCAGGACGUGUCCUGAAGCGUAGAUGUUCCCCAGAACAGUGGGCAGUGCUUGUUUUGGGUGUGCUAAUUGAGCUUGAGAAUGGGAGAUGGAGAUUCCUGCUCUUCAGAGAAAUGCGAUUGUCCUUUUCAGGAGGACGUGGAGACUGGAUGAGAGCUCCUGUCGCUCAGCCAAGGGAAGCCGGUUGUUCCUGGGCUGGAAGGAGGCUGAGUGUUUUCGGAGCGGCUGGCGGUGCCCAGGGGAGCAGGCCGGUGUCCUCCGGGCUGAGGAAAGCCAGAACAUGGCUGCAGGCUGUGGGCGGCAGCAUCGCUGCCUCGAGCCUUUCGCACGGGGAAGACACAGCAGUAACUGCCUGGGUUCUGGGUUUCACCUUCCACGCAGACGUUUCCUUUCUGAAUCACAAAAGAGCUUUGUUUCCAGAAAGAGAUUUGCUUGCAGCUCUCAUCUUCGUGUCUCCUCCUGCCGUAGGAGCUGGGGCCGGAGGAGCACAGCCUGGGCAGGCAGAGCCACGUCCUGCAGCCCCACAGCUCCCCUGCAGGGGGGGGCAGAGGAUGUCAGCCCCGACCAACUGCAUUCUGCCACCAGGUUCCAUCUCCUCUCUCACUCCCACAUUCAGUCGUGGAUUCAGCCCUGAUUCAGCUCCUCCUCACCCACUCCUCGUGGCGUGGACUGGGCCAGCAGAUGGGCGCUUUGUGCCUUAAUUUCUGGUGAACUUUUUUACUGAUUUGUGUAUUUCUUUUUUGUAGUAUAUUGAAACUGCGUGUGCUCAGUUUGGGUGGGCAGGUGCUGCUCUCCUUUUGGUACCAGGUGGGCCCAAUCCGAGCUGUCUGGGAGACACAGCGAGGUGGGGCCAUUGAAGGGAAAUUCACUUAAAACAGCUCAAAAAAGUUCAGCUCUGGACCUCUGCUUUGAGGAGCAGUGCCCCAUAACUGCUCUCCUUGGCUCCCACCACACGUGGCAGUGUUGUCCUUAACCAGAACCGUACAGCUGUGAUGCAGUAGGAAAGUGGAACUCUUGAAGAAAACUUAAACCCGUCCCCCCUGUGGGUAUAAUUUCUUAUAGCACUUUUUCGUUCUGAAGCACUUAAUCCACUGUCUGAAAUGGGCUCCCAGCUGGAGGAAGCAUCCCACUGACGCAUUUCUGAGCACAGACUGCAGAGCUUUACACUUCACCUACAGCAUUAAUGCUGCUCUGAGGGCUGCGGGUGCACAGCAGUCUGGCGUGAAGCUGGGAUGGGGGCUUUGUGGGCGUCCUCCUGUCCCCACACAGCACUGCCACCCCUCCGUCCUGCUCCUUUCCCCAAACCCUGUGCUGUUCUGCAGCAGCCCCCGGCACAAAGCAGCGGUGUUUUCGUACUGUGCCCAAGCAGGGGCUGAUCCAUGCAGCUUUAAGGCUGUGCUGCCUGCCCCGCGGGCUCUCUUCUCUCCUGCUGCCAGCCCACCUUCCUGUUGCUGUGGUUGGUUUUGCUGUGGCAGGCUGAAAAACGCCACUUCCAGGAGGGCUGCGCGGUGCUGACACUCAGGGAAGGUUUUUGUUGUCUGUGCUAACGUCUGCUUGAAGCCGUGCAUCAGAACGCGGGCUGUCAGCCCGACCUCAGCCCAGCAGAGCAGCAGCCCACGGUGCUGUUGUCACAUAGAUCCUUCCUGCAGCCCUUGGAAAACCCACUUUGGCACAGCGGCGCGGGGCUGAGGGCAGCGCUGGUCCUACGGCACGUGUGACACUUUAUCAAGCUGCCGCUUCUGGAAACCAACGUUUCACCUGCAGCUUCAUGGGGGAAAAAAAUAAAAGCCGGGGAUGAAGAAAAGAAAG